AUGACGACGCAGCCGGCGGUGGGCGACCCCCUGUUGGACCUAUGGGAGCACCUGAUGUCGCCGAACAGGACGCACCUCUCCUGCUUCUACCCGAGCAAGAUCACCAUGAGCGGCAUCUGGACCGGCGACAACCCUCUCGACUUCUCCCUCCCGCUCAUCCUCUUCCAGAUGCUCCUCAUCACCUCCACCACCCGCGCCGCCACCCUCCUCCUCUCCCCGCUCGGCCUCCCCCGCUACAUCUCGGAGAUACUCGGCGGCUUCGUUCUCGGGCCCUCGGUGCUCGGCCGGCUCCCGCACUAUACCGACAUCGUCUUCCCCCCGCGCAGCAUCUUCAUCCUCGACUCCAUGGCCCUCCUCGGCCUCGUCUACUACAGCUUCACCAUCGGCGUCGAGAUCGAGGUCCCCACCAUCACCCGCGCCGGCUUCCGCAGCUUCUGGUUCGCCGGCGCGUCGGCGCUCCUGCCUUUCCUUAUCGGCGCCACCACCGGCUACGUCGCCCUCGGCACUGACGAUUCCCGUCAGAAUGCUGGCUUCGUCGACAGACUCUCCUUUCCCAUCUUCCUCGGGUCCACCUUCGCCUCCACCGCCUUCUCCGUGCUGGCCCGCAACAUCGCCGAGCUCAAGCUCGCCGGCACCGACGUCGGCCAGAUCACGCUCUCCACCGCCCUCAUCAACGACACUAUCGCGUGGACUGGGCUCACCGUCGCCACGGCGCUCUUGUACGCGGAGGACAGUGGGUUGCUCUCGUCCGUGUGGACGCUCCUGUCGGGGCUUGUCAUCUUCGGCGCGAGUGUCCUCCUGGUCCGGCCCGCGCUCGUGCGGCUGGCGCAACGCGCAACCACCGAGGGGGAGGUCAUCGGUGAGGAGCGCGAGUGCGCCGUGCUUGUCGGCGUCAUGGUGGCAGCUCUCGUGGCGGACGCCGGGGGCACACACGUCAUCUUCGGGGCCUUCGUGUUUGGGCUCGCCGUGCCCAACGGGCCCGUCGGCGUGGAGCUGGUGGAGAAGGUGGAGGACUACGUGGUGGGGACGCUACUCCCGCUCUUCUUCGCCAUGUCCGGCCUCCGCACGGACACCUCCAAAGUUACCAGCAUGGAGGCCGCCGUGCUGCUGAUGGUUGCCACCUUUGCCGCGGCGGUGUUGAAGGUGGUCGCUUGCAUCGGUGUGGCCGCGGGGUUCGGCAUGCCGCUGCACGACGGCACGUCCAUUGGGCUGCUGCUCAACACCAAGGGGGUCAUUGAGCUCGUCAUCCUCAACAUUGCAAGAAACAAAAAGAUCAUGAGCGACCAGUCGUUCACGGUGCUGGUGUUCAUGUCGGCGCUGAUCACGGCGCUGGUGAGCCCGUCGCUGACCAUGGUUGUCAAGCCGGCACGCCGCCUCGUCUUCUACAAGCGGCGCACCGUGGCGUGGACGCAGCCGGACGCCGAGCUCCGCGUGCUGGCCUGCGUGCACGUGCCCCGCGACGCCCCCGCGGCCAUCACGCUCGUCGACGUCCUGUGGCCCUCGCGGCGCUCACCCAUCGCCGUGCACGCCCUUCACCUCAUCGAGUUUGCCGGUCGCGCCUCGGCCCUCCUCUUGAUCAACGCCGCUGCCCCGGCCGCCUCUUCCUCCGAGUUCUCGGACCAGGGCCGGAGCCACGUGGAGAUGCAGUUCAAGCACAUCGCCCACGCCUUCAUGGCUUACGUGGAGAACCACGCGCCAGGCGGCGUCAUGGCGCGCACCAUGGCCGCCGUGUCGCCGGCCGGCAGCAUGACGUCGAGCGAGUUCGACGCCCUCAAGGAGCGCAAGGCCGACGAUGGGUGCAUGCGGGAGUUCUUGGACCGGGCCAACGCCGGCGGCGGGGGCGUGGAGUACUGCGAGAGGGGGGUGUUCAACGCGAGCGAGAUGGUGGCGGAGAUACGGAACGUGGAGGCGGCCGGGAAGGACCUUUUCUUGGUGAGCAGGACGCCGGGGGCGACGGGGCUGACGGCGGGGAUGUCGGACUGGAGCGAGUGCCCGGAGCUGGGGCCGAUCGGGGACCUGCUUGUGUCCAAGGACUUCCAGACCAAGGCGUCCGUGCUGGUGGUGCAGUCCUACGGGAGGGCGGCGGCGGCGGCGGCGGCGUCGACGUCUUCUGAAUUUGCUGUUGGCGAGGCCGUCUUGCCGGCGCCAGAGGCCAUCAUGCCGGCGACCUCCAUGGGGCACCCGCCAAGGCGCCCACGACAACAUUCACAUUCUGACCUUAUGCUUUGAUAGUAGUAUAGUUUGGUAAAGCUUGCUAGCACAUUGAUUAAUUAAUUAAUUAAUUAGGGAGCGCCUAAUUUUUGCAGGGGAAUUAGGAAGUGUCUGAUGAUCAGUCGAGUGAUG